CUUGAGCUCAGGGCUGCAGAGGUACCUUGAGAGGAUCAGAAACAUCUAUGAUUCCCUCACUUGGUCUUUGUCCAGUUUUCAAUUUGUGGAAAAGUAGACCCCCUUUCUAUGCAGUUUCCUUUUCUGCCUUCUUUAAACAAAUUCUGAAAAGAAAGAAUGUUUCUUCUGUAUCAGCAGCAUGCAUGCUAAGCGCAGUGCUCUGGUGAUGACUGCAUAGGAAAUGAAAUGGAAAUUACAGUUUACAGUGUGAAAUGGAUGGCACAAGGCUUUUAUCUUAAUGCAAGCAUAUCCGCAAGUGCAGCCCGAAUUGAAUUAAGAGUAUACUAAUGAUACAGCCUUUACAGGAAGCUUCAUCUAAAAUACAUGGAGCUGUGAAAUUACCGGCUUGCUUGAACCUAACAGCGCCUUCAACUAAUCUCAGGUUUAAGUUAUUUGUUUAUAACCAAUAAAUAUUCUCCCUAGGUUUGUUUUCAUCUAAUAUUAUUAAUUUCUUUCAUGGUUUAGAUUUUCAUUUUAAUUUGCUCAUUAUUGUUGCAAAGGUUUAAACAUUCCAUACAAUUCAUACCCUCAGAAAACGUGACUUUAAAGAAAAAAAGGUAGCUCCAGCCAGCGCGUGUCAGCCAGGCGUGUGUCCAUCCCACAGCACGCCCCUUAGAGAAGACCUCAUCUCUUCAUUUGAGGAGUGGCUCAGAGAUUCAACUGGAGUUCAGAUCCCUCUCUUAGGAUCAAUCUGAUCACUUUAUAGCCACAACUUGUAUAAAGUUUUUUCUGGAACACCCAACAAAACAAACACCUGCCCUGGACAGUUGGAUCUGGUGGGGGCGGGGGAGGCGGUCUUGUGAGAAAAUGCAAGGCGAGGGAGAGAAACCAAUAGGUAGAUAAACUUUUAUGAAGGAGAAAAUAUUGUUGUAAAGGACAUUGGCAAAAUCCAUUCCAAAAACAAUCCUUUUCAAAAUAUAUAUUAUGCUGGAAGUCAGCCAGCCACAGUUAAGCUAGUCAGUUCAGUUUUCACAGAACACAUAUCUCGUGACCCAAGGGCUUGGUGUAAGUUUGAACAUCCCAAUUCUCCCUCCUAACUCUGAGUUUAUCUGGAAGGUGUGAGAACUGUGAACUAGCAAAGCCUCCCCCCAGUGAUACCUUUGGCCUCUCAAGUGUUUCUUGAAGAAUCAAUUUUACUUCUCUUUGGAGACCAAAUUCCAAUCAGGCCUGGGUAACUGGUUACAUAAAACAGUCGAGAUGACAUGGGCUCAUUUAGAAUCCCAAAUAUAUUCCAAAAAAAACAGAAGGCCCAGAUAAAUGAGGAGUUUACUUUCAUUGUGCUUUCUAGUAAGAUUGUCCACUCUGACUGCCCUGGCAAGGAUAAAGGGCAGCUCACUAGUGGUUUUUUCUGAUGGGGAGGGAAGUUAUUUCAGGAAAGCAUUUUUUAUAGUGUUCUAUAACAAUGAUGAAAUGUACAUUCCUUUAAUCUGUAGAUGGGAUAUUAAUUACUUUUCUAAUUAUUUGCUCCUGCAGUUCAACAGAUUCAUUCUUAUUGAUGAUUUCCUAAAUGUAGUGAAAUAUCGAUGAACAAAUAUCUGAGAUAAAGUUCUUUUAUGUUGCCUGUGUUUUUAAACUUUUGUCUAGUAAUAGGAAGUUGCCUUUCCAACUGACCCGCUCAUAAGUACCUCGAUUCCAACAUCUCAUUGGUCCCUUCCCAGCUGAGAGUAAACAAACUAACAUUGAGCAGCCAUUUCAUUCCUGUUCCUUGUUCCUUCACAGUUGAGAGUAAACAAAGUUGAUGCUAACCAGCCAUUCAUUCCUCCUCCUGGUCUCUUCGUAGUUAAGGCUUAAACAAAGCUGACACUGAACAGUCAUCAGUCAUUACCUCCGCAAAGUCAGUUUCCUCCUGGCCCUUGCCCUUCUUCGCCCUCCCACACACCCCCAGAAACCCUCUUGCACACAGCUCCAACCCUCUUCUGCCAAUCCAGCAUUUAGGGCCUUCCAGGUCUCUCCACCCAGCUCCCAUCAGAACCUGGAAGGAGCUGCUGUCAGUCAUUUCCCAUUGUUUUUAUAAACCAUUUGCUCUGUAUUAAUUUAUUUAACUGCAUGUCUCCAAUUCUUUUUCAUUUUAUUUACUUUAUCUUAAAUUGUAAAUUUUUAAGAAGGCAUUAGCAGGUAAGUGAGGAAAUUAUUUCAGGGAAGAUAAUCUUCCUAAAUCUACAUCAGUGUCCUCCUCCUCCCUCAGUCACCUGAUUCCCUAGAAAUGAGUAUUUAUAAGUUGGCUCAGGCUCAGUUACUGCAGGUCUAGUCCUUGGAGUCUGCAUGCCUUGCACGGAAAUCUUUCCGGACGUGGAGUCUGACCAACUUCACUGCAGCCUCACCUGCAGGCCCGCUCUCCCCCUUCACCUCCCCAGCCUCCUCCUCCAGGGCAAGGCAGAUUAUGAAGUGGGGAGGCGAAGAGGGUGGUGGAGCUUCCUUCCUGUUUUCAACUAAAGAUGAUCCUUUGAUGCAUUUAUGAUGUUUUCCAACAUUCUGGAUGUUACUUCAAUUGGUGGCCCCCGCCUCCUUAUCAUUUUUGUACCUGUAAAGAGCUGUUUAACAACAAAAAGAACACUGGAAUGCUAGGAAUGAAUUUCCUUUUCCUUACCAGCAAAAUUAUUGUUUCCAUAGACUGUUUUGUCACUUUGUGCAUGAAAUGGUGCAAAAUAUACCACCUUGAUUUCUUAUCUUCUCCAAGAGUUCUGUGCUCCCUGGGAGCUUGGUAUGUGUGCUGUUGGCACUGAGCCUUCCUCUUGUACCAUUGGGUGGUAAGUUUUGAUCACUGAAUAUGUUGGUUGGAUGCAAUUUCUCAUAUUUCUGAGUUGUACUCUGACAGGAUUUAUAAAACAUCGUUUUGGUUUCAGUAUAGUCAUCUACCCUUGUUUCCAUACUUUGAUUUUGCUUUUGGCAUGUGCCUACAGAUGGUUGAGGUUGACAGUGAAAUCUAACGUGUGAACUGUAGAAUCUGCACUCAAAUAGACACACCGCACCGGGGUUUCUCAGGAUCUUCUAUCUCCAUCAGAUGCUUUCUACAUCAAAGAGAGAGAGAGUGGUGAAAAACCGCCGAGUUGUUUCUCUAGACUGUCUCACAACAGCUCUUUAAGGUGAGAAGUCUUUAUAGGCGGACAAGGGAGAAAUGCAUAAGCAAAGGUUUCAGAGACCUGCUGAAGGACUGGGCCUAAUGAGUAAGAGGAAAGUAUACUAUGAAUCCAACUGGAAUGUUGUAUAAUCCACCUUUCUAGAAUUCUUUUUUUCAUUUCUUAAAAUAUAACUCAUUAAAGAUGAUUUUUUAUGAAAUUAUCUUUGCAAAGCUGUUUUGGAGUUCUCUGAGCAGAUGCUCAUAAUUUGCCUUCUUUAGAAAAGUCGUGUGUAGGUUGAAGACUAGUUUUCUUAACAAAUUCUUACCUUUCAUUUUGGUUAGCAUUAGUGGUAGCUUUGAAUUCACCCUAUUAAUUUUUCUCUCUCGUAUUGAUGAAUGGAUAUGAGAUUGUGGGAAUAGAAGCAAUUUGUUUGAAGACCAGUCCAGCUUACAGGAAAUAAAUAUAUGACUUUUCAAAAGGCUAGAAAAUGUGUGAUAAUAUUUGUGCCCAUUAGCCAUAGAAUCAUAAAGGUUAGAUAUGAAAGAGAGCAUCCAGUUCAACCCCCUAGUUUUCUAGAUGAGGACUCUGAGCCCAGAGAAGAUAAGUGACUUCUUCAAAGUCAUACAGAUAACAAAACUCAAAUCCUAGUUCCUACUAAUCCCAAAUUCAGUAUUCCUUUGACCACAUUACACAACCAAAAUAUUUUUAUGUACCACUGGAAUUAAAUUUAAGCCCAUAAAAAGUCCAUUUAUUGAUCCUAGCAUCAGAUGAUUCCAUCAGAUGGUUCAAUCAUUUCUAAUUUUUCUGUUUUUAUAUUGAAAAUUCCAUAUUAUUUUUCUUGUUUCUUGAAUAGCAACUUUAAAUAUCUUGGUUUCCAAUUCAAUAUCACACUAAAAGUACUUGCAUUCUUUUCUACUUUGUGCCUAAUCAGUGUAUAAUAGUUUUUUGGUCUACAAAGCAUCUAGUUUCUCUUCUAAAUUAUAAACUCCUGGAUGGCAAGGACAUUGACGAUUUCCUGUUUGGUACAGCCCAUGUAAAGUACACUUUGGGACCCUAAAUAAGUAUCUUAACAUGAAGGGCCGCUUCUUUCAAGUCCUUUUUUAUAGUAAUAUCUUUGCAUUCUGGGGCAGCCCCACGUCUCUGUUGUGUGCAGCACAUACUCUCUGUGGGCAUUUUCUAAGUGAUAGUCGUUAUAAUAGGAAUUAUUAUUACAGCCCCAUUUCUUCUGUUUCCUUUUAUUAAUUCCACCAUUCUACCAACUAGCUGAAGAAGCUCAUCACAUGGAAAAUAUUUUAUUUUUAUAUAGUCUUUAAAGGACUGGUUUUAGUUAAUCACGUAAUACAACAUAAUUAUGGAAUCUGACAAUUGGAAAGCAACCUCAUGUGCCUACCCUGGAGAAAUUUUUAAAUAAAAAUAAAGAAGUCCUCAACAAGCCUUCAACAUCUAAUGUAGGUUACAGCCAUUGAAAUCAGUUCUUUUAUAUCUGGUAUAAAUCUUUAUGACUGCAGCAGAGUCCGGUGACUUACAUUGACGUCUCCUGUGGAAAGACCAUCUAACGUUGCUGUGAGUGCUGUGAGGGGUGUAGGACAUAGGUAGAACAAGAAUCUCUGUUUUCUUAAGAUCUUUUAAUAACUCCUUACAGUCUUUUGAAAAAUAUAUUUUUGCUUCUCUUGAAAUUUUUAAUACAAAGAAUUAUCAUGAAAGCAAAGGAAGUGAAUGAUAAUCAGAAUUCAUUAAAGUCAAUCUUGGGAAUGAUUUGCCUUGAAGGAUAAAAAGCGAAACAAAUGUUCCCAGGCGAGGCAAAAGACAGUCUACGAGGUUUGCUUGCCACUGCCCAUCAGAAGCGGGGGAAAAGAUUUAAAACUUGGCUCCCAAAGAGAUGCUCCUGAAUCCAAAUAGAAGGCACAAUCUGAUGCCUGGCUACAUCCACAAUCUUUAUAGCACUUCUUUACCAAAGAAGAAUUUAAACUAUUCUGAUUCUGAGCUUGAAACUCCUUUUUCACUAAGGAAAUUUCCUUAAGAAAUAACCUUCUUGACUUUAUAUACCCGAAGACAGUACAUGUGAAGAUGGGAAACCAAAAGAAAUAUCCAAGCCAAAGAGCAGUGCGCCAUUCAGGCAGAAUCUGGAGGAGAGGAAAGCUAUUCCCUGAUUAGCGAGCUUUCCCCGCUAGCCUGUAGGUGGGUGUAUUUAACAGAAGAAAGCAAUGGGAACCGCCUGUCAGCCAGCCUUUAGAGCUAAUUAGCUCAGCAUACAACAAAGAUAAGUGAGCCGGGGAGGAGGGCCCCCUGAGGGGUCUUCAGAUUCUGGGAAAUGUCUGAUUGGCAGAUGUUAAAAGGGAUUCUUCAGUAAUCCUGUGCAUCAAUGAGCUGUACAAAUUCAGUCCAGGACUGCAAGGAUUCAGGCAUGAGGACGCUGUGCAGCAGGCUCGCACAGGCAGACCCAAGAUGGACAGAACCUUGGAAUCCCUGAGACACAUCAUUGCCCAAGUCUUGCCUCACAGAGACCCAGCUCUAGUCUUCAAAGACUUGAAUGUAGUGUCAAUGUUACAGGAAUUUUGGGAAAGCAAGCAGGAGAGGGCUGCGUUCCCAAGUGAAGGAGUGGUGAUCUAUGAGUCACUGCCAUCUCCUGGGCCUCCCUUCGUGAGUUACGUGACCCUCCCAGGAGGAAGCUGCUUUGGCAACUUUCAGUGCUGCUUAAGUAGAGCUGAGGCCAGACGGGAUGCAGCGAAAGUGGCCCUAAUCAACUCCCUCUUCAAUGAGCUGCCCUCUCGCAGGAUCACCAAGGAAUUCAUAAUGGAGAGUGUGCAGGAAGCGGUUGCCUCCACCAGCGGCACACUGGACGACGCAGACGACCCCAGCACCAGCAUCGGGGCCUAUCACUACAUGCUGGAGUCGAACAUGGGGAAGACCAUGCUGGAAUUUCAGGAGCUGAUGACCAUUUUCCAACUACUGCACUGGAACGGGAGCCUGAAAGCCCUUCGUGAAACCAAGUGUUCCCGACAGGAAGUCAUCUCCUACUAUUCCCAGUAUUCCCUAGAUGAAAAGAUGCGCAGCCACAUGGCCCUGGACUGGAUCAUGAAGGAGCGGGAAUCGCCAGGAAUUCUCUCUCAAGAACUACGAAUGGCCCUGAGGGAGUUGGAGGAAGCCAGGAAAGCAGGACAAGAACUACGGUUUUACAAAGAAAAGAAAGAAAUCCUGAGUUUAGCCCUGACUCAGAUCUACAGCGAGUCUGACACUUCCUCACCCAGUGAUGAUCAGCUGAGCCUCACGGCCCUUUGUGGCUAUCACUAGCAAGGCCUGGUCCCAGCUGCCCCCGAGGUUGGCAGAGGCUGGACUCUAACAUUAGGAAGCUCACUGAAGGAGGUCAUCGGAGGCUUUAGCACUGAUAGCUACUAGCUGAAGGCUGUUCUAAUCCUCCCACCCCUCUAUUCACAGCAUCUGAGAGUAGUAGAACCUUACAGGACCCAACAUCCCACUCAAUGCAAUUUUCCUAUCAUGCUCUCAAUGGUUCCACUUGAGACUGAAAGGACAGAGACAGGAUUAUUGAAAAAUAUUUUCCAGGCGUGGCUCCAGCCUAAAGCCCAGUUGACAUGUGCCUGGCUAGAUUAUAUAGUUGUUUCAAAGAAUUGGCAGGUGUAGCAUCCCCUAGAAAAACAUGAGCCAGGACUGCCAAAAGUAGCAUGAUAGCAAUUUUUUAAAACACUUGGGAUUGAAUAAACAAUACAGAUUGUUUUUAAAAUAUCCAAAAGUCAGAGUUUAUUCCUAAACUUUGUAAGCUUAGAGAUAGCUUACCCUCUACUAGGUAUGACCCAAAACUAUAGUGAAAAUUUUAUCUGGACACCCCACUAUCAAAGAUCUUAAAGGGGUAAUAAUAUGAAAAUGCUAGAUAAAUUUAAUGUGGCUUAAAAUGCCAUUGUAAUAAUAAUUUUUAAAAAUCCAUGCUCUUCUAGAUGGGGAUAAAUGUCAUCUAGAAUAGUACCCUCACUCAUACUGCUACAAAGAAUUAAUAUCCUAUGUUUGGAAUCUUGUGAUCAGUCAUGUUCAUUUUUAAUUUGCAAAUAGAUAACUUGAUUUGUUUUUAUUUUUGCCCCUGCUGUCAUACAUCUGUAAGGGGGAAAUUACUGGCAAUUUAAGGGUUAAAACAUUUUGAGAAAUCGAUAGCAUUUAACAGUGCUUGCAUUUGAUUCAUUUCUCAUGCAUGAGAGAGAAGGGAUCUUUAGCUGUCUUUGUUAUUGUUCAAGAACAUGGGCCACCAGUAGCUCAAAUGUGGUGUCACUUUAAAGUUUAAAUUACCGGAAUCUUCUUUAAAGAUGAGAUAAGAUAUUGCCAUCUCUCUUUGAAAAUGGCUUGGAUCAAUUAACUGGUUAGAAAACAAAAAGCAAAUACAAACCAAUUUUUAGAUGGUUCCUGUUCACUCAAAUUUAAGAAUGGCAGUAGUGUCAAUUUUCAAUGCUUGCAGGUAUUUCCAUAUCUAUAACAUGAAAAGGAUUAUCCUACACUUAGUCCAAUAAUUCAAAUUAAAGAAAACAGUUUUCUCAAUUUUAAAUAAGGUUUCUUUUUCUUCUUGUUUAGGCAAAUGCAGACUAACUUUCCUGAAAGCAAAAACCAUUAUAAUUAAUCAAAGUUUACAAAAACAUUAUAGUUUAGCCUCAUAUCUAAAUAGGUUCAAAGGUAAUUGUCACUCCUUAAAUCCCUAUGAAAACUACUUAUAAUUUGGAAUUAGCCUUGAUAAUAAAAAAUUAACUUCAUGCAUCAUAUUUCUCAUAUCAGGGGAAAAUUUAGCUACAUAUCUGCCCUACUCUAAUGUCUUGAAAAGGUAACAUUAUAUAAUAUUAGAUAAAUUUUAUUUAAAAAUAUUGUUUUAACAAAAAUCACCUUCCUCCCCAUAAUGAGGCUAAACGUCACCUAGAAGAAAACUUUAUUCUCUUACAUUCCUGAAAAGGAAUUAGAAUCAAUACAUGUAAGUUGAAUAAAUUUUAAAAUUAAGAAAACUAUUUAAAGUAAUUUUUUCAUAAAGUCACUAUCCUUUAUCACUUCAAAAAAGCCACAAUUCUCAUGUCCAGUGUGAUUAAAGGUAGGUACAGCUUUACUGCAUUUGCAGCCUUUGACAAUGACCACCGCAAGCUGACACCAUCUAAUUAGAUGCAGGAACAGGAAUCAGCUAGAAAAAUAUUAAAUUCACUCUCUGCCCUACAAUUAGAAAACUGUACCCAUUCUGUAAAUUAAAAGCCGAGGUUCCCCCUUGGCCACUAUCAGUUUUUCCCAGCUGGUCAAAACUGCCUGCUCUUCUUGGAAUUGUGAAAGCUACAGCAAAAAACACUAAAGUCAGAAUCUUUACCACUGUUGGUCCCUUUGAUGCUCAUUUAUAGCAAAUCUCUUUCAGCUAAGACAUAAUGGCUGUCAGUACAUCAUAUAAACAUCUAUAAUCCUGGCCCAGAGAAGAGCAGGGUUGAAGAGCAAAGUAGAUUAUUAUUAUUUUUCCUUUUCUAUAUCUUGUUUUCAAUAACAUACUGUGUUGAAGGGGACUAGAGUGGAGAAUUCUCUGUUUAAAUAUAUGGAGCUCUGGAUGUUAACCUUUUGUGGUUAUAAACCCUUUGAGAGCCUGAUAAAAGCUAUGGAUCUUCUCCUAGGAAAAUAGAAUGCAGCAUACACAUUCAAAAUAGUUUCAGAGUACGUGGUCUCCCCAAAGACUAUGGAUUGCUCUGUACGAGGACCCCCAGUUGGAACUCUUAAUUUUGAGCACAUAGUUACAGUCUCAAGCUUUUCAGCAAGGAUCCAACCUAGCUCAGACAUAGCCCCACGUAGCCUAUUUAAGAUAAAUCUCAUCAUCCUUAAAUACAGAAUAGCACUGUAUUUUGACAAAAGAUAGUUUAAUUUUCUCAAAAUCCAAAUACACCAGAUUGUUAUGAAAAAACAGCUUAAAGCAAACAAGUCACUAAACUUGUGUGAACAUAUCAGAAUAUUACAGAUUUAAUAAAGUCAUCGUUCCUCUAA